AUGCCAGGAGUGGUGCUUUCCCGACACAGUGUCGCCGGCAAGCUUUCUCGCACCCGCUACCUUAGUUACCUCCAGCUACCCCGGGCGACAUGGGCCCUGCGGAAUUGGAGGGCACAGCUGCAGUGUCCACUGAGACGUGCCGCAGCCCUCCAACCACAGGCCAAGCUUUUUUCCCAUCGAGACGGGCCAGUAGCAUGGAUCCAGCACCACCCCAUCUGUCGCCCGCAACUGGACAACUGUAGAGGUGCUGCACGCUGGAGGCCAUCCGUGGACACGCCCGUGGACACGCCCGUGGACCUCGAGUCUACACCUGCUCUGUUACGCCGUUGGGUGUUUGGCUGCUCCAGCUGUUUCCUCUGCGCACACGAUCAGUCAGAUCCGCACCCCGGCCUGGUCACGUACGGGGUCAACCAGACCAGUCCCCCCAUUCCUCGCUAG